GUCUUCCGGCCGGCUGGGGGGCGCUAUAGUCCCGCUCUGCCUGUCUCUGAUCCCCGCAGAGACUCGCUGGUAGUGAGGCAGGAUGGCGGCGUUGAUGAUGGAGACCCGCGCUGAGCCGCAGUUUUCUCGGUCCAGUGAAAUGGUUCCGACCUGGGAGAGGCAGGAAGUCAGCACCGGGACCACCAUCAUGGCGGUGGAGUUCGACGGUGGGGUGGUGAUUGGUGCAGACUCGCGUACGACUACAGGAGCGUACAUUGCUAACAGAGUAACGGAUAAGCUGACCAAAGUCCACGAGCGCAUCUUCUGCUGUCGCUCCGGAUCUGCAGCCGACACUCAGGCCAUCGCUGAAGCCGUCAGCUACCAGCUGGGCUUCCACAGUAUUGAGCUGGACGAGCCGCCGCUGGUACAAACGGCCGCUAACCUGUUUAAGCAGAUGUGCUACAGGUACCGGGAGGAGCUGAUGGCCGGGAUCAUCGUCGCCGGGUGGGACAAGCGGAGGGGUGGACAGGUUUACACGGUACCCAUGGGGGGAAUGCUGGUGAGGCAGCCGGUCUCAGUGGGAGGAUCUGGAAGCUCCUACAUCUACGGCUUCAUCGACUCCAACUACAAAACCGGCAUGACCAAGGAGGAGUGCCUGCGCUUCACCGCCGACGCUCUGGCGCUGGCGAUGGAGAGGGACGGGUCCUCUGGGGGCGUGGUCAGGCUGGCAGCCAUCACGGAGGCGGGGCUUGAGCGCAGUGUAAUUCUGGGGAACCAGCUCCCCUCGUUUAGCGCUUAGAUCUGUAGAAACGUUAGAUUCUGAUUUUGUAAGAUUUUCCUCUGUUAGACCAGAACUCUCAGCUCCGUUACUGUCCUGCAUUAAUACUCUGGGUUCUGCUCCUCCACACCUCAGGCUCUGCACAUUUUAGUGCUUUCUCUGGAGUCCGGACCGGCAGUGACGAGACUGAACGGUGUGCAGGGUCUGGGGUGGGACUGGGAACCACUGCACUAAACAAAAACAAAGUCACUGAAUAAAAAGCUGUUUUUUUUUUUUGUUGUUGAAUAAAAAAAUCUUGACCUGGACCAAA